AUGGAAGGAAGCGGUCGUGUUGCAUCAAAAAAUCUCUUCCGCAGUCUUAACCGUAACAUUAGUGGUAGCGGUGGUGCUGGUGGUAGUGGUGGUGGUUGUGGUGGUAGAUGUGAUAAUAUCAGUAGUGCUAGACAAACUUCUGGUCUAGGUUAUGAAGGAAGCUCUGAGGAUACACAACAAAAUCUUAUAAAUGUUUCUUAUGAUCGUCGUCGAUCACGUUCGUGGCAACGUCAUGCGCAACAGUUGGAACGAUCAGGUCCAUGGAAGAAGGGUUUAUCACCGAUAUAUCGCGGGAAACGAUGGCGUCGUCGAUUAAUGAAAAAGAAAGUUCGUUCGGCUAGCACUAUUAAUGCACCACCAUGUAGUCCAGCAGACACAUCCACCAACAGUAAUCACAGUAUUAAUGUCAAAUUACCCGAUCAAGAACAACAACACAAUUUAGCACCUAUUCCGUUAAGCGGACUAGUAGAAAAACAAGCUCAGCAACAGCAACAAAAACAACAUGACCGAAGGAGUACUGUUGGAUCAUUUAAUGAAAUAAAAUCGGAUAGCAUAGUCAAGACAUGUGUUACUAAUGAUGAUAUUAAAUUAACCUUUCAAGUGCAAUUAGCACAUGGCAGUCCAACUGGUAUCAUUACUGGAUUUAACAAUAUUGUUCAACUUUAUCAGGCGAUAGCAAAUUGUUAUGAUGAAAUAAGUAUGGAUGAUAUCUUAUUUUGUACAGUCAAUACUCAUCGAAUUUCAAUGGAUGCUUUGCUUUGUUCAAACAUAAAUAUCAAUGAUUUCAUUUUUGCACAUAUUGCGGGACAAAAGAAAGAAGUAACACUAACCAAAACUGAAUUAGCAUUAGGUUUGACAAUAACGGAUAAUGGAGCUGGAAAAGCAUUUAUCAAACGAAUCGUUCCUGGUACGUUAGCGUCAAAAGCAAAACCAGCACUUGAGGUCGGUGACUUUAUAGAAAAAAUAAAUGGUGAAAGUAUGAUUGGACGAAAACAUUUUGAUGUUGCUCGACGCUUACGUACAUUACCCAUUGGUUCAACGUUUACGAUACGUUUAAUUGCACCAAAAAAGACAGGAUUUAACUUUAUAGCUUCGUAUAAUAUGCCAAAACGUAUUAAAUCAAUUUUUGGUGCAAAUGAAACAAUACGAUUUAAGGCUGAUGGAACGACCAUUGUACAGUCAGACAUAAACAAUUUCGAUUUUCCAACAGAACUAUAUUUUGAUCUUUGGGGUGCGGUAGAUGAUUACAGAAAUGGUCGCCUUGGAAAAGUUGAGGUGCCGAUGGAAAAAACUGCUAAUCAUGGAAAAUUAUUGCCUGAUGAACAAAAACUUUGA